UGACGUUAAAGGGGCGGGAACAAGGGGAGAUACAGACACCUAAGAGACCUGGCAUCUUUGUAGGUCCGGAACCAGAAGGGAGGCAAGAUGGUUUACAUCUCGAAUGGACAAGUGUUGGACAGUCGGAGUCAGUCCCCGUGGAGACUAUCACUAAUAACAGAUUUCUUCUGGGGAAUAGCUGAGUUUGUGGUUUUGUUUUUCAAAACUCUGCUCCAGCAAGAUGUGAAAAAAGGAAGAGGCUACAGAAACUCAUCUGAUUCCAGAUACGAUGAUGGGAGAGGGCCACCAGGAAACCCUCCCCGGAGAAUGGGUCGAAUCAACCAUCUUCAAGGUCCCAGUCCUCCUCCCAUGGGUGGCGGAUGAGGAAGGUAA